AUGCCCGGACAGAUUUCCGAUCGAUCAUGCCAGGCACCAGAGACUCCUCACAGGCCAGAGAAGGCUGAAUCCAGAGUAUACUGCGAGGGCCACGCAGAGGCUCGAAUAUCUUUUGAACCGAGCGAGGUAUAUGGCGCCACCAGUUUCGACGUAGGGAUUGAUGUUAUAUGCCAGACCCGACACCAGACAACAAGACAUGUGGGAAAGAAGUGCCUUUUUCGAGAUCUCAUCGACGCCGACAACCUCCCCACCAUUCUUGCUCUACAGCGCUGGAACGAGGAAGCGCAUCCAACCCGAGAUGUGUACGACGAGGGCGCUCUGCUGGCGCACGAGCUGGGGGCAGCUGGCAUCGAGAUCUAUCGUGCGCAUGGAUAUUGCGUCGACCUGUUCUUCUCACAUGAGACUAACCUUCGCACCAACUCAUAUGGCGAACCGACGCUGCUCGAGUGGGCACAGCACCCUGUCGAAAUCGUCCGAGCUAUUAGGAAAACUGUGGGUCAGGAUUUGCUUAUGGAUUUCCGCUUUUCUCAAUGGGAAGGGAUUGACUACGAGGGCAAGAACUCUUCCUCACCCGGGGCAGGGUGA